AUGGCCAAUAACAUAAAUUCCAUUGUGGUCCCGGUCUUAGCACCAGCAGGAAUACUACUACCACCACCACCACCCGUAAAGAUCCCAGUUCAAUCAACGAAGCCAUUGCCAAUUUCAUUGAUGAACACAGCACCGAAUCUAAUGCGUAAUGAAAAUAAUAUCUUUGGUUCGAGUGCGGAAGAUCUUGAAUUUUGGUCCCUUACCAAGAUGGAGAUUAAGAUUAAAAUGCCCAAUGAGCUUAAGGAGCGCUUAGCUGACGAUUGGGAAGCCAUUAACGAGAAAUCCAAACUUCUAAAUAUACCAUCAAGAAUCACCGCCCAAGAUGUGGUCGAUCAAUAUAUAGCAUCUAAAAGUUCGCGAAAAUCUCUACGUCCAAGUAAAGAUACUAUCAUCGCCGAGGUUAUGAAAGGUAUAAUAGAGCAUUUUAACGUUAUGCUCGGCACCAAUAUACUGUAUAAAUUUGAGAAACAACAAUAUCUUGAAAUCAUACAAAAGUAUCCAAACACGCCCGUUUCUCAGUUAUACGGAGCCAUUCAUUUAUUACGUUUGCUCGCAAACUUGGACUCGGUCUUGACUUUAUCCAUUCUAGACCAGCAACAUAUUAAUACAAUUUUAAAAUAUUUGCGUGAUUUUCUUAAAUUUUUAGUCCGCAACCGUUCGAUAUACUUCAGUAUGUCCAACUUUAUUAAGGCCAGUCCACAACAUUGCCAUCUUCGUCAAGGAAAGUAA